AUGGCUGAGCGUGUCACCCUCCGCAAGCGCAACCCUUACAACACCAAGUCGGCCCGCCGACAGGUCAUCAAGACCCCCGGCGGCCACUUGCGAUACCUGCACGUUCAGAAGCGCGGCACCGUCCCCAAGUGCGGAGACUGCCACUCGGACCUGAGCGGCAUCAAGGCUCACCGUCCUCGCGAGUACGCCACCAUCUCGAAGCGCCAGAAGUCGGUCUCGCGCGCCUACGGUGGCUCGCGCUGCUCGUCGUGCGUCCGCACCCGCAUCAUCCGCGCCUUCCUCGUCGAGGAGGCCAAGAUUGUCAAGAACGUCCUGAAGGCUCAAGCCAAGGCCCAGAAGUAA